AUGUCUGCAUACGACUCCGGCCGAGCAGGUUCAAAACGGAGCAGAUCUAGAUCUCCGCCACCCUGGAAACGAUCCGACAAAAUUCCUCGCAGAGAUGAACGGCAACAGCCUGGGGGCGCGAAUAAUCGGUCUACGCAGAGAAGCAGGAGGGAUAAUAACCGGCUGAAUGACCUGCAAGAGGAAGAGCAACAGCGACAAUGGGUAGCGCAAGAAGACACCUUCGUCCUCAAGCAGGCGAAGAAGAAGGCGGAAAUUCGCGUCAAGGAAGGACGUGCAAAGCCCAUCGACUGGCUGGCUGUCACUCUGCGCGUGAUUGAUCCUACGAGGAAUCCGCUGGACGAUGAAAUUUCUGAUUCUGAUCUCGAUCUCAUCGAUCCCGAGGGAGUGUUUGAAGGUCUUUCGCCGACAGAACUUGCAGAGCUGGAGAGGGACAUCGAUACUUUUUUACGUCUUGAGACGACGGAAAAGAAUCGGGACUUCUGGAGGACCAUGAGGAUUGUUUGCCGAGACCGUCAGAAGGUGUCGGCUCCUGAAGGCCGAGUUCUCAGUUCUGUUUCCGCGGAUAUCAACAAGAUUCUCAGUCCAAAGACAUAUGAGCAGCUGGAGGCUCUUGAGUCUCAGGUUAAAAGAAAGCUGGAUUCGAACGAGCCAAUCGAUACCGAUUAUUGGGAAGAACUCUUGCGCAGUUUGACCGUUUGGAAAGCUAAGGCCAAGCUCAAGAAGGUGUUUCAGGCGAUAAUCGAGGGCCGUGUACAAGCCCUACGCAAACAACAACGGGAAGAAGCAGAGUCUGUGCGGGUCAAACUUGCGCCGAUUGCACCUCUUGUUAAUGAAUUGGUGGAAUCGACGGCCAAAAAAGACCUUGAUCCAGAGCCUUUGCUGCAUCUUCGCCCGGAGGACAAGACACUUGAGAUAAUGGACGAGUCAACGUUUCUAAGCCAUGUGGCUCAAGAUCGUCACAAGGUUCUCAAAAUGGGCUACGUGCCUCUGCGGCAAAAGAACACAGAUAAGACCGCUCUCCCGAUUCCCUCUCAGGCAGUCACUUCCAGCUCUACUGCUGCCGAUGUCCCAGGCCGCUUUUCAGCGGUGCCGAACGAAGACUUUUCACAAGCCACGAAAGCUUUGUACGAACGCGAGGUCGCUAAAGGUGUGAGCGAAAACGAAGAAAUAUUUACUGGGGAGGAAGCUGUCAAUAGCACUUCACAUAUUCAAUGGGCUAAUAAAUACCGUCCUCGAAAACCGCGGUAUUUUAACCGGGUGCAGAUGGGUUACGAAUGGAACAAGUACAACCAAACACACUACGAUCAUGACAAUCCUCCGCCAAAAGUCGUCCAGGGCUACAAAUUCAACAUAUUCUACCCCGACCUCAUUGACAAGGCAAAGGCCCCGACGUAUCGCAUCGAACGGGAAAACGGACGAAAGCGCGGUGAAUCUUUUGUUAAAGCUGGAGAAGAGGACACUUGCCUCAUCCGUUUCAUUGCUGGGCCACCGUACGAAGACAUUGCCUUUCGUAUCGUGGAUCGGGAAUGGGAUUAUAGUGCGAAGAGAGACAGAGGGUUCAAGAGUAGUUUUGACAAGGGAAUCCUACAGCUUCAUUUCCAGUUCAAGAAGAUCUACUAUCGCAAGUAG